AUGGCUUCCCUCCGUUUCGCAGCCGUGCCUAUAGUACGAAGAUGCUUGGUCAGGAGCUUUGCGCGUCCACUGCACGCUCCUAUCGGCAAUGGCAUCCGAUGCCUGUCCACCAGUUCAUCACUGCGCAAUACCUCGCCCACACCCGCAACCCAAAUCUUCCGCGAUGUUGCGCCCCUACGUGACUAUCGCCGAACCCUCCGCUCCAACAAUCGCACAGUUGGCCUGGUUCCGACAAUGGGCGCCCUGCACGAGGGUCAUGUCUCGCUCAUGCGACAUGCAGCCGCCGAGAACACCGACGUCUUCGUUACCAUCUACGUGAACCCUACACAGUUUGGACUGAAUGAGGAUCUUGCCUCGUACCCGAAGACAUGGGAGGCAGAUAUGCGAGUCUUGGAAGAGCUGAACCAGGAGCUGGCGAGCGCAAACCAAGGCCGCGUGACGGCUGUGUUCGCACCAACCACAAAGACCAUGUACCCCACACUGCCGCCGGACAGCAGUAUACCAGGUGUGGGGAGCUUCGUCGAGAUGCGUCCGCUUGGCCAGCUUCUCGAAGGUGCGUCAAGACCCGUCUUCUUCCGCGGCGUAGCGACGGUCUGCAUGAAGCUCUUCAACAUCUGCGCGCCAGAUCGCGUCUACUUUGGGCAGAAAGAUGUCCAGCAAACUCGCGUCAUCAAGCGCCUGAUCCAGGACUUCCAUCUGGAUACCAGCUUGCGUAUCAUUCCCACUUCAAGAGAGUCAGACGGCCUUGCGCUCUCUUCUCGCAAUGUCUACCUCGGCGCGCGUCGUCGUAAUGUUGGCAUUGUCCUCAAUCAAGCGCUUCGCAAAGCAGAACUACAAUACAACAAUGGCAUGAGGUUACGGAAUGACGUCCUCUGGCCUGCUUUCGACCACGGUAACAUGACAUUGAUCGAGCAAGAACAGAUGGAGCCUAGCAAACGCGCAAAGUUUGAGUUCGACUACAUUAGCCUUGCAGACCCUGAUACCAUGGAAGAGAUUGACCAAAUUGAUGAUUCGAAAGGCGCUAUACUUAGUGGUGCAGUCAAGAUGCUGCCAGUCGAGGAGCCGCAAGAGGGUGAAGAUUUAGGCCAGCUGGACUCUGAAGGUCGACAGGUACCUGUGCGCUUGAUCGAUAAUAUCGUCCUGGACCCAAUGAGAUGA